AAAUGGACAACAAUACGUCAGGGAGGGUCAAGCUAAUCUCUUUAACAGUAUUGUCACUUUUUUACUUUAUCACAUGUUACCAAUAAUCUACUGUAGAACGAGCUUGCCAUGUGAUGAUGACCUAUUCCAUGAGUUCUGAUUCGUUUCUUUAAAUUGGCACUGUGCACAGGGGACACUGAUAUAUACGGGUACAACCUUUAACCUUUUCACUUUUUACAUUUUCCAGCUGACUAAACCAUUUCCCCCUGUGUUCUUUGGCGCCUGCGGCAGUAUCACAUGCUCGACUCCAGAUGGAGUUUGCACUCUUCUUACGUGGCUCUAAGUAUGACGAGCGCUAAUGCCGAAAACAACUUGGACAAAUAAAACUCAGGAUAACUCAGCCCGUCUGUUGACAGAGACGCUGAGCCAAAGUGUGAGCACGACAGAGGGCGCUAAAAACACAAACAAGGCUUAUAAGAAACCUGAACAGUUAAUUACAGGGAGACAUUUAUCGUUAUCUCUGAUGAUAAUAGAUAGAUGGAUAGGUGGACUUCCUAAACUUCUUGGAAAACACAGACGGCAUUCCACAUCCAUACCAAAGGUGUUGUGGCUCUUUUCACUCAGUCUCUAUACAGCAAACAAUUUCAGUCCUUGUCGCAGGACAUUUUUCUUGGAAGUCAAUUACUGCUAAAUGAAUGUGUUCCAAUUCCCAUGGUUGAAAAAUAAAGAAAAAAAAUCUACAUGAAAGUAAUUUUGCCACAAGCUCUUGUCCAGUCUACCACGUCUAUCGUCCAGACGUGGGUCACAGAUCAAGAUACAAUGCUACAGUAUGUCUCAUGUUUCAACUUCAGCCAUCAAUCAAUAAAUCAAUUUGUGGCCAGAAAUCGAGGCAGACAACAAUUGGUGUGAGUUAGGCAAACACGUGGCCCACAUUUUAGAUGCCUGGAUACCAGAUGUUAGCAUCUGCACUCUUAUCAUUAUCCGUGAUUGGUGGGCCAAGUGGCCGCUAGGUGUGAGCUGGUAAAAUCCGUGUGUGUCAGAUGUGGCCAUAAAGAAAGCAGCAGUCAUGUAAGAAUACUGACUAUUCCUGUGGAGUCCUGUCAUGUGUUGUUUAUGUUCUCCAGGGUACACUCAUGUCUCUGCGUUUGGUCUACUUUGAGCCUGAGUGUGUACGUGACAGCAGCACAAAUGUGUCAUGUAGACGUGAGAAUGCUGAGUGGGAUAACCAGUAUGUGUGAUCCGAACCACAAAGGAGUGUGGCCCACACACACACACAUUAACAGACUGCUGCAUCACCACAGGAACACACUGGCCACGGGGAUGACAAGUGAUUUGUUGAUGUUUGUGGGUGUCACAUUUGGACCCCUCCCUGUGCUGCCCCCUAUAAAACAUCAGCAGUCACAGCCUCUCACUGGGGUUUGCUGACUUCCAGCCUGAAGGGACUUCACCGUCAGCCCAGGCGAGACCACGCCACACCAGCACCACUGGUCUACACAAACCGCCCAAAGCAAAGAACAAGAACUAUGGCCCCCUUUGAGAAAUCAAUGGAGAUUAUGCCCUUUAAGCAGAGGAAAUGUCUUGAAACAAGAAAAGAUGAAGUGUGCAGUAUCCGAUCUAAAUUCCCCAAUAAGUUGCCCGUGAUUGUUGAACGUUACAUCCGUGAAAAGACUCUCCCGUUAUUGGACAAAACUAAGUUCCUGGUUCCCUUUGAGCUCACCUUGGGUCAGUUCCUCUGCCUGCUCAGGAAUAAGAUUGACUUGGACUCCACCCAGGCUCUGUUCCUGCUGGUGGCAGAGAAGAGCAUGUCCUGCAUGUCCUCCAGCAUGAGAGAGGUUUACUCCCGCUACAGAGACACAGAUGGUUUCUUAUACAUCACCUACGCCUCACAGGAGAUGUUCGGUGCGCCUCCACCAGCAGCCGCCAGAUCUCCUUGCUGAUCCUGGAACAGAUCCAGUAAAGGAACUUUUUAGACAUGUGGUGGUUACACUGCUGACAAACUGGGGGGGAGGGGCACAAGAAAGGGACAAACUGAGCCAAGUCAAGACUGAUUUGUUUGUCUACCUCUUCGGUCAAUGCUGCGACUCAGUCUACCUCUUGAAGCCUGAUGGAGCUUUGAGUGCAACACAUCACCACAAACCAGUCAUGGACUCGGACGUGGGUGAAGAAAACAAUCAAGAAGACAUCGUUGUAGACAGAUUUAUUAAUGUCUCUGAAGUCAUUAGAGAGAAUGUGUGGUUAGGUUAUUUUUAUGGUAUUUACCAAGACAGCUUCAGGGCAAAGAAAUAAAAAUGUUUUCACAAUUGCACUGACAGUUCAGGGUAAAACCACCUUCAUGGCCAUGCACACUCAUGUUAAAGCACUUAAUUCUGCUCUGCUCCCUGUUUUCUGUCACUGUCUCUUCAACCAUGUCUUCCCUCAUUAAUGUGAAAUUGGUUUCUGGAUGCUCACAGAUGAUCACAGGGACUUUUGGGGCUCUUUUUGGCACUGUUCUGUGUUAUUUCCAGCUGUUCCAAACAAUAAAAGUCCUAUCAUUUUAAUAAAUGGAUUGUGUGUGGUUUUCUUUUCAUUGUGUCAGAUGAAUUUGAUCAAUUAGUUCAAAAAAUAUUGACUGACGUAUUAUCUAAUGAUUGUGUAAAUGAGGACCUGCUGUGGCUAAGGUCCUCGUGCACUUGAGGUCCUGAUAUACUUACACAUGCAGGUGCCUCAUUCCUCACCUUCCUCUGAGAAGUGUCUGUCCGUCCACAUGAUGAUGUUACAUAAGCCUGACCCCAGUGACUGCGGGGUCAGUGUGUCAGAGGGCCAGCCUGUUAUUUUUACGCAUCGAUGAGACAAUUGUGACCGAUCACACAGCGAAGCGGGGAGGGGGAGUAAGAAAUGAUGGUGAUGCAGAAGAAAAACAAAGGAACACAAGAGCAAAAACAGAGAAAACCCUUUUCCAUAAACAGGAGAAGAAAAGAAAGGAAGGGGAAAAGGUGAGACGGGGUAAAACAGCAACAUCCGAACAGAGGAGAACAGGAAAAGGGAAACGGUGUAUAGUGGAGAUAUACAUCCAGGGGGAUGACAGCUAUCUAAACACAGUGUACAGAAACACAGGGGCACAACGUUCACUCACCCUCCUGCUCACUUCACACCACUGUGAACAUUCCAGCAGCUUUCUGUCAAUACAUUAUCAUCAACACAACAACGUGAAGCCAUUCUUUAGAAUGUGAAUGAUCUAUUUUGAGUUUAAGGAGAGUCGUUGCAGUCAGCAUGUUGUCAGAAUUCAGUCAAUUACAACAAAGCUCAGGUUCACACCAGUCACAAAAUGUAUUCCUCAUUAUGGCCAUCCUAAAUUUAAAAUAUAAUUUGUUGGUUAACAUCUUAGUGGACAUAUUAUUUAACAAGUCAUAGACAUUCUGCCUUUGUCUCCAUUACCAGUGAAUGGAUUUGAGUAUUACAAUUAUUAUUAUUGUAAGGAAAGUAAAGUAACUAAAGUGCUAUAUCCUGAAAGAUUUACUCCAUUUAACAAUCUGCACUUAAUCAAUUCAGAAAUCUAAGGAAAAUAUUUGUUGCUUUAAGCCAGUAGUGGAACAUGCUGCUGAAUGUGCAUGAUCUAUGAGUUCUUAGCUUAUGCUGCACGUUACGAAUAAUGUCCAGCUGCUGUUAUAGACACUGCCACCAGAGUUUGGGGGUUAUUUAAUAAUUUAGGUCUGCUGCUUCAUUAAAAAUGCUCACUGAUACUGUAAAAAAAACAUCAGGUAUUUGUGUAAAAGAGAGUUAAUUUGAAAUACAAAAAACAAACAAACUAACAAACAAAACAAAAACACUGUGCAUAUAUUCCCUAAUUGUGGCCAUGUUUCUGUCUUCGAUGAGAGAUGAAACACUGAUAGAUACUUAACCGUCCUCAUGUAAUUUGCUCUGGAUAAAAUGCUAUACUAUGCUAAAUGCAUAAAUCAUUAAUUAUAAAAAAUUGAACUUUAUUGAUCCCACAAUUGGGAAAUUCCAUUAACAGUAGAUCUGCUGCCCCUUGCAGGCACUAAGUAUGUGGUUCCUCUGGGAAUAAAACCCAUCAAAAUACCUGCUCUCUAUUUCUGAGGCAGGCGUGCUAACUGCUACACUAUGGAAAUGUUAAAAA